UUUCUGUUUUCCGGUCUGUGUUCCCUUCCACUUCCUAUAAUUGAAAAAGGCGGCCCGAAUUACAAAGGCAAUUGACCAUCUGCCUUUCAAAGUAGGGAGAAAAAAGUAGUCUUAAAAGGAGUAAACGGCCGGACCCGCAGUGCCACAUACUAACCCUUCUUGAGUCUGUUUUUCUCUCAAAAUCUAGCAGAACGGUAUGAUGGGGAGAGACAGCUCAAAUGGAGGACUCAUCACAGCCUCCCUCCUUCAUGGAGAAGUUAGGGAUGAAGAUGGUCCAAUAUCCAUCAAUGAUCUUGAAGGUGGUGAUGCACCACCGGCUGGUGGUGGUAGCUCUUCCUCUUUCACCAUUGCUGUUGUUUUCAGCACCUUGAUUGCUGUUUGUGGCUCAUUUAUUUUUGGUACUGCUGUGGGAUAUUCAUCACCGGCUGAGUCUGGAAUCGUGGAUGAUCUAGGCCUUUCUACGGCAGAGUACUCCAUUUUUGGUUCAAUAUUGACAAUUGGAGGAAUGAUAGGAGCGGUGAUGAGUGGGAAGAUAGCUGACCUCAUUGGUCGAAGAGGUGCAAUGUGGGUUUCAGAAUUCUUCUGCACAAUUGGGUGGAUUGCAAUAGCAUUCUCAGAGGGUGCUUGGUUGCUCGACAUAGGAAGGCUGUUAAUUGGAUGUGGAAUAGGGGCCCUUUCUUAUGUGGUAAUUGCUGUACCUGUCUAUAUCGCAGAAAUAACACCUAAGAAUCUUAGAGGACGAUUUAGUGGACUUAAUAUGUUGUUCAUAAGCUGUGGCACUUCAGUAAUGUAUUUCACUGGUGGUGUUGUCACCUGGCGCAUCUUGGCUCUAAUUGGAACUAUUCCAUGUUUACUACCGCUUUUUGGUCUAUUCUUUGUUCCGGAGUCUCCUAGGUGGUUGGCAAAGGUUGGUCGAGAAAAAGAGUUUGAAGAUUCACUACAACACCUAAGGGGAAAAGACACUGAUAUUUCUUUUGAAGCUUCUGACAUCAAAGAUUACACAAGAUAUCUUGAAGGGCUCUCAGAAACCAGAAUUAUAGACAUUUUCCAGAGGAAAUAUGCUUAUUGUCUCACUGUCGGAGUUGGAUUAAUGAUAGUGCAAGAAUUUGGAGGACUGAAUGGUUUUGCAUUUUAUACGAGUUCCAUUCUUGAUUCGGCUGGUUUUUUGAGCAAGGUUGGAACUAUGGCAUAUGGUCUUGUACAGAUUCCAGCGACCAUUUUAGGUGUGUUUUUAUUCGAUAAAAUAGGGCGAAGACCUGUUCUGCUGGUUUCUGCAGCUGGAACAUGCUUGGGCUGCUUCCUUACAGGAUUGGCAUUCCUCUUGCAGGACCUUCACUACUGGAAGGAGGGAACUCCCAUUUUGGCACUUGUUGGCGUAUUGGUAUUUAGCUCAUCUUUUGUAUUUGGCAUGGGAGGGAUACCAUGGAUUAUAAUGUCAGAGAUAUUUCCCAUAAACAUUAAGGGCCCAGCUGGAAGCCUAGUGACUUUUGUUUGCUGGUUUGGCUCUUGGUUUGUUGCUUGUACUUUCUACUUUUUAUUUGAAUGGAGCUCAGCAGGAACAUUUUUCAUAUUUUCGAGCAUUUGCGGUUUAGGUGUUCUGUUCAUUGCCAAACUCGUACCAGAGACCAAGGGAAGAACAUUAGAAGAAAUACAAGCAUCCAUUACUUACUUUCUGCAGUAAGAUAUACCUGGCAUCCUAUAAGAGAUCAGAUAAUAAUAAGGUGCCAGAAAUCCAAGGAAGAACGCUAGAAGAAAUACAAGCUUCAAAUACCUACCUUCUGCAAUAAGGUAGACUGUACGUGUUAUAAGGCAUCUUUAUAUGCACUUUGUCACCUGCUUGUAUCUCAGCACAUUACAGAGAAAUUUAAUUUCCUAUAUAUAAUGUACUUGAUUUGACCAAACCCUUUGCAUUGCCACUCAAGUCUAAACUACUUUCUCUUUUUCUUUUGAGUUAUUUGAUUAAAAGAGAAGAAAUAAUCCGAAAAUUGUAAAGAUAGUUUUCUUUUA